ACAGGAAGGUCAGGUGUAAGGAUCAAGGCUGCAUUUAUAUAAAGACAGAGGAAUAUGCACUGGAAAUCCUUGCUUGGAAAGGGAAAAGGCCAGAGGAUAUGGAAAGGCACACUAUGAGGAGCUUCAUCUUUGUCCUCACACUGGGCAUUUUCUCAUGUUCAGGCUUUCCAGUGUACGACUAUGAUCUCCCUGUCACAGAAGAGGCUCUCAAUGCUUCCAUUGCAAGGAUCAACUCUCAGUCACGGGGGACAAACCUGUAUGGUGUUGUCAGGAGCCACGUCACAAGAGUUGACAUGUGGAACAGUGAUGCCUAUAGACUGGAGCUGCAGUUCAGCAUCCGUGAAACAGAGUGCACGAAAGCGUCGGGGAGAGACCCGUUCACAUGUGACUUCAGAAUUGGGCCUUUUGUGCCAACCACUUUCUGCAGAAGUGUUGUGGAAGUCUCCGAUGAGCUCAUCUCCAACAUUGUUGUGCAGUGCCAUCAAGGUGCAUCCAGCUCCGAAUCACUGAGCAGUGAGGAGUUUAUGCACAUGCCCGUAAAGAACCCCAACAGGCGAGGCAGCAGCCCCAGAGAAGACAUAUUUGCUCCUGAAGCUUUCCCUUCAAGGGGAAGAGGCAGCAGCCGUGGAGACUGGCAUAAACCCAGCUACUUCAGCUCUGACAAGAUGGAAUAAUACCCUUUGGAUCGGAGAAUGAGAAGAAUCAAGAUUCAAAGAUGGAGCAUGGAAAUAAAGAAGCUGAUGCCAUUUCCUUUCCUUUGCCAUGACAGAACCAUUCCAUAAUGGAAGUCUUUCCCUAAGCUCACUUUCUGCUGUGAUGUCAAAUGGCCAGUGGACAAGCUCGUGAGACGCUAAGUGCCCACACUUGUGAGUUGAUAGCUGCCUUCUGAUGCAUUAGAUGUCAGUGGGAGGACUCUCUCAGACACCUAGACACAGUUACAUGUCCAGUAUGUGGUACACCAUCCUCUAAUGAUGCUAUUAAAGGAUCAUUAUUCCA